GCGGCGGCCCAUAUGCUCCUCGCGCCGCCGCAGGCGGCCGGCACCCCGGAGCCGCCGCGCUCGCCGAGCACGCAGCCGCCCGCGCGCGCCGACGCGCAGCCGACCCGGGCGCGCUUCGCGGAGCCCGCGCCGCAGGCGGAGCGCCGGGAGGGCGACGGCGCGAGGGGGGGCGCCUCCCACGACAAGCACGAGGGGUCGGGGCACGUGCGCGAGAACGGCUGGCAGACGAAGCACACGUCCGUGUCCGAUCGCAUAGGGUCUCUGUUCAACUGCCGCACCAUGAGCGACAUCAUCUUUCACGUCGGGGACGUGCAGAUACCCGCGCACCGCUGCAUCCUGGGAGUGGCGUCGCCGGUCUUCUACCACAGACUCUUCGAGGCCCCCGUGAAGGAUGACGGCGGCAGGUGCCGCAUCUGGAAGCUCUCGCAGUUUCAUGGCGCGGCCGGCAGACCCACGGCAUCCCCAUCGCCAGACCCCUCAGCGAGAAGGGGCGCAGAGGAGCGCGCAGAUUCUCCAAUCUACCAGUCGUCUCGAAGCGAAGACCGCAGUGGGUCGAAGGAGAUCGCGACAGGGCCUCCGGAGGCAACGCCGCAGAAGCCGUUGGAGGUCGUCGUCGAGUAUCCCUUCGAUGCAUUCUUCGAGCUCCUGCGCUACAUAUACAAAGAUGAGCUCAACAUCACGCUGGACAACGUCAAGACUUUAUCGUUCCUGGCGGACGACUUCAACAUGCCAGGCCUCACGGAGAAGUGCCUGGACUUCCUGCGCAACGUCGUGCGGCCGGACACUGCCCUGAGAGUGCUCAGGGUGAUAAAGAGUUUGCUCCUCAAAGCGGUGGUCGUGCUCUGGCGCGACACGGUGGAGAGCUCGAAGAUCCUGGCCAAGUUCAAGGAGUUCAGCCUCGCCGAUCGCAAGAAGAGGAUGCAGGAGCUCGCCGACAAGGCGGGCACGGGCAGCGGCAGGAGCAGCCUCCAGGGAAGCCGGGUGGCGAGCAGGCUCGGCAGCAGGAUGGGCAGCCGACUCGGCAGCCGCGCGGGCAGCCGCAUGGGCAGCAGGCCCGAGAGCCGGAGGAGCUCCGUGGCGACGUCGGACGCGGGCUACGACACGAAGACCGACGUGGACGACGCGGCGAGCGCCUGGGAUGACGUGUUCAUGAGCCAGGUGCAGGGGAAGAAUGCCGGCGACAUCUUCAAGCUGGCCGAAGGCGGGAAGGCAAUCGUGCCCUGCGUGGCGCCCACCUCGCUCUGCAAGACGCUCGUGGAGGUGGGCCACGCCCUCGACAAGAGGAGCUGGAAGUGCAUCCGGGAGCGCACGGACGUCGUGGUCGGGACUCCAGAGUUCCUCGAGGAGGAGAGAAGUGUUGUCAAGCACAUCUUUUCUCUGGAGAUGUGCAGCGUGAGCGAGAUCGACAUGUUCCGAGCGCUGCUCGCCUGGGCCGAUCAUCGCUGCAGGCAGCAGGGUCUGCCCACCCUGCCAGAGCACAGGCGCAACGCCGCCGGCAGCGAAUUCAUCGAGCUCAUCCGAUUCCCCGUCAUGAAGCCGGAGGAGUUCCAGUGGGAGGUGGUGCCGUCAGGUAUUCUGGAGUACCGCGACAUCCAGUCUAUCCAGCGGAAGACCCCCUUCGUGAGCUACACGACGAGCCUCGGAACAGCCCGCCGCAGGAGAUCGUCAAGCAGCGGGAGGUGGCCAAGGAGGCCAGCAGACGGAGCAGCGUGCGCGCCGCCUCGCCCGAGGCGGACGCCGCCGAGUCCGACUCGCCCGGCCCUGCCAAGACGGCCUCGAAGGAGUCCGUCGCGACGCACUCCGAGAGGCUGGCGCCCUCCAAGGAGUCCAGCAGGCGCCUCGGGUCGAAGACGGUGGCCUUUGGCGACGACCUGGACGCGGACCUCCCCGAGAGGAUCUCGAGGGUGUCGCUGCAGGUCCGGACGGUCGAGGCGCCGCGGGGCUCGCGCGUCGCGCAGGUGCACCCCGACCGCAGGGGCUCCGCCGGCGGCCUGA